AAUGAACAGAAGUGUCGUGAAACACUGAGUAAUGGCGGCUGAAUGAAAAUACUCUUUUAACCUCCUCCUUCUUCUAAAGUUUAUGAAGUUUUAGUUUGGUCUUUUUUUGUGUCGGAGUUUGAAUAAAAUGUCGUCCGUGGAGCAGCUGGUGUCCGCCAUCUUGGAGGAGUUCCUGAGGAUGGCAGUGACUGAAAUCUGUCAAAAAUUCACAAAAGAGGAAGAAUCUUCUGGCUACAUGAAGACUGAGGAGCAGCUGCAGGCCGUGCUGUGGAGUAUCUGCGGGGCUCUGCUGCAGGAGCUGAGGAGGCUGCUGGAGGAGAACGAUGAGCUGAAAGACAAGCAGCUGGAGGACAAGGAGCAUCUGCAGGACUCCCCCCUUCCUGCAGCAGAAGAAUACGCUCAGGUAGAGCUUUUCCACCAAUCAGAAGCUCCUGUAGGGGAAGACCCCCUGGAGACAGAGGCCGCAGACAGCAGCAGACAGACGUUCAGCUGCAGCAUCUGCAGCAGCACUUUCUCCAGACGUGCCAACCUUAGCGCUCACCUGCGUGUCCACACCAGAGAGCGGCCCUUCACCUGUCCCACCUGUGGGAAAGCCUUCUCCGCCCGCAGCAGCCUCCGAGUCCACCAGCUCACCGUCCACAGUGUGCAGCGGCCACACACUUGUUCGCACUGCAGGAAGGUAUUUGGCACCCGUAGCCACCUGAGGACACACCAGACAUCCGGUUGGUGUCGGCGUAAGUGUUCGGCCUGUGGCGAGAUGUUGUCAGCGAGGUGCCGCCUACCUCAGCACAAACUGAUCUGUCAGAAAACACUCAAGAGAUUCAGCUGUAAGGAGUGUGGAAAGGAGUUCUCCAAGAACAGCUACCUGACAGCUCACCUGAGAGUCCAUCUGGAGGAAAAACCGUUCAAAUGUCCAACGUGUCAGAAAGGAUUCACCACACAGCGCAGCGUCCGCGUCCACCAGCUCACCAUCCACAAAGGUCUGCGGCCAUUUACCUGCAGCUUCUGCAGGAAGACCUUCGGCCAGCAGAGCAGCCUCAAAGCUCACCUAAGGAUGCACACAGGCGAGAGGCCGCACACCUGUGAGCUCUGUGGAAACAGCUUCUCCAGCAGGAGCAGCUUGGCGGUCCACCGCCGCGUCCACACCGGAGAGAAGGCCUUCAGCUGUGAGAUGUGUGGGAAGUGCUUCAGUGUGUCGGCUAACCUGAAGCGUCACCAGCUCGUCCACUCUGGCAAUCGGGCAUUCAGCUGCGAUGUCUGCAACCGCACUUUCACCCAGGCUGCUCACCUGAAAGUACACCGCACAGUGCACAGUGGUGAGUGGGCGUUUAUUUGUAAUGUCUGUGGGAGGGGAUUCAGACAGCGCAGUGCCCUCCUGGUUCAUGAACAGAGCCACACCGGCGUCAAACCGUACGGCUGUAACCAGUGUGCGAAAAACUUCUCCACAUCAGCGUCACUGAAACGCCACCAGCUGGUCCACAACGGACAGAGAGCGCACACUUGUGACGAGUGUGGAAAAAGCUUCAGCAGCGCCCACAUCCUGAAGACUCACCUGCUGCUGCACGGCGGUAAUAAAGCCUUCUCCUGUGAUGUUUGUGGGCGGGGCUACAGUUCUCUGAGCUACCUGAAGAUGCACCGGCGCAGCCACUCAGAGGGAAAGCCGUUCAGCUGCCCUCAGUGUCAGAAAACCUUCACCACACAGGCCAGCAUGAAGCUGCACGAGCGCACACACAGCGGAGAGAAACCUUUCAUUUGUGAGGUCUGUGGGAAGAGCUUCAGUGUGUCCCAAAACCUGGUCAGACACAACCGCGUCCAUAGCGGUGAGAAGCCCUUCGAGUGUGGUGUGUGCGGGAAGAGAUUCACCCAGAACAACAACCUGAAGGCUCACCAGCUGGUUCACACGGGGGAGAAACCGUUCAGCUGCUCCGUCUGCAGCAGGAACUUUGCAUCCAUGAGGAACCUCAGAGAGCACAAGUGUGUCCUUGCUGGUGGAGUGAGGUAGAGGGGAUGGAGAUGGGAGGCUGAUGAAGAUUGUAGGGCCAAAGAUGUCCUGAAACUGAAUGGGAACGGGCUUCUGCUUACAGGAGAGGUUUGUUUGUGUCUUCACUGAAAACAAGGAUGCACUGAUGAACACCACAAAAGAUAGUCUAGGCUUUAGGGAAAUGAAACAAAAUUAAAAAGUCCUUUUCCUCUAAAUUAAAGUAAAAAUCUCUAAAUAGUGCCCAAAUAAACUGGUGUUUUGGUUUAAUUUCAUUCUUAGAUUGAGUUCAUCAGUUUUAGUGGUUUUAUAUUCUAGAGUGGCAGUACAUUUCCAUUAGUUAUGACUGAAAACACAUGAAAUCAACAGAAUUAGAUCCAAGGUUUUGAUACCUCAGCAUAAGUCCCAGCUCUUUCAUACUACUUGUUCAUAUCAUUGUAAUGUAAAAUACACAAAUUUAAA